CAGUUGCAUUGCGUCAUUUCCACACGUAUUUGCUGUUGAAAAAAAUGUUAAUUUUUCUGUAAAAAGCCUUUCUAUCUACUUUCAACAUGUCUUCGUCAGCGAUUUAUAUCCUGGAUGUGAAGGGUAAGGUGCUCAUUUCCAGGAAUUACCGAGGCGAUGUUGACAUGGGAGUCAUAGACAAAUUCAUGCCCUUGCUGAUGGAAAAGGAAGAGGAAGGUAUGCUCACGCCCUUACUGCAAACCAGCGAGUGUACUUUCGCAUACAUCAAGACCAAUAAUUUGUACAUAGUGUCAACUACAAAGAAGAAUGCAAAUAUUGCCCUUGUCUUUGUAUUUUUAUACAAAAUUGUUGAAGUCAUGACUGAAUACUUUAAAGAGCUUGAAGAGGAGAGUAUUCGCGACAAUUUCGUUGUAAUAUACGAGUUGCUAGAUGAACUGUUGGAUUUUGGUUAUCCUCAGACCACAGAUAGUAAGAUUUUACAAGAGUACAUAACACAAGAGGGACAUAAAUUAGAGAUGCAACCUAGGAUCCCCAUGGCAGUCACCAAUGCCGUGUCAUGGCGAUCUGAAGGCAUUAAGUAUCGAAAGAAUGAAGUUUUCCUGGAUGUUAUUGAGUCAGUUAAUUUGUUGGCUAAUUCAAAUGGCAAUGUUCUGAGUAGUGAAAUUGUUGGUGCAAUUAAAAUGAGAGUUUAUUUGUCAGGAAUGCCAGAAUUGCGACUUGGAUUGAAUGACAAAGUUCUGUUUGAAAGCACAGGGAGAGGGAAGUCGAAGUCCGUUGAGCUGGAAGAUGUAAAGUUCCAUCAAUGUGUCAGAUUGUCCAGAUUUGAAAAUGACAGGACAAUCUCUUUCAUCCCACCUGAUGGCGAGUUUGAACUUAUGUCUUACAGGCUGAACACACAUGUGAAACCCUUGAUCUGGAUUGAGUCCGUGAUUGAACGCCAUGCACACUCCAGAGUGGAGUAUAUGAUCAAGGCAAAGUCACAAUUCAAACGACGUUCCACUGCCAACAAUGUUGAGAUUAUCAUUCCAGUCCCAGCUGAUGCAGAUUCACCCAAGUUUAAGACUACUAUUGGUAGUGUAAAAUACACUCCAGAACAGAAUGCUAUCACCUGGUCAAUCAAAUCGUUUCCAGGAGGCAAGGAGUACUUAAUGAGAGCUCAUUUUGGCCUGCCAUCAGUUGAAUGCGAGGAUCUUGAUGGAAAACCUCCAAUCCAGGUGAAAUUUGAAAUCCCAUAUUUCACUACAUCUGGCAUACAAGUCAGAUACUUAAAGAUUAUUGAAAAGAGUGGUUACCAAGCCCUUCCUUGGGUUAGGUACAUCACCCAAAAUGGAGACUAUCAAUUAAGAACUAACUAAAAUUACUAUAAGAAAAUUUGUUAUUAACUUACUACAUUCCCCUUAAUUAUAAGUAUGCACUUUUUGGUUAUCGUUUGCUAAUAUGUCAUUAUAGGUGUGAUUAUGAAAA